GCAACUUGCAGCCCAUCUACAGGUACCCUUUACCAUUCUCUGCGCGGCGAUUCAUCGCGGAAAAGGAAUAGGGCUUUUCGCCGCACCGGCGACGCGUGCUAGAAAUCAACACUUAAUAAUACCAAUUCUGUAAAGGAUGCAAGCCUUGCAGGCCCAUGAGACCGUUUCCACUUACUUUGGCCAGGCGGGCGAGCGUCGGGCACGAACCCGUUCGUGUUGAUUUGCUGCUCAGAGGCAGGUGCAUGGGCUACUGGCCUGGCAGAAGCUUGGUGUUACAUUCGAGCCUUCCAAUCAUCGAUGAGGCGUCGUGAGCGCCCGGCGGACAGCGGACGGCGAUCAAUCCGCGCCCUAGCCGCGAUACUGUGUGCGGUCGCGCUGCGCGGCGCCUUCUGCCGACUGGCAGAUGGCAUUGUCCCAGUUGAUGUGAAGUGGGUUAAUGAAAGUGACCUGCCUUUUCUCGACCACGCGGUCGGGCAGGACGUGGUGAUGCUGCCGCUGCCUCGUCCGGGCUAUGAGGCCGCUAGCGGCCAGGAAUGGGAUGCCUUCCUGAGUCAGAACCUGGGCAAGGACCUGGAGAAGUACGGCAACGCCACAGCCUCCAUCGUGACGCUGGCUGCGCUGCACACGCUCAUGGCGCGGCUGUGGCGCAGUACCGCCAAGCGAAACGGCGCGCUGGUGGUGCUGCGGCGCGGCCGCGCGUACGUCGCCAGCCACAGAGGCAUGCCGGGCUACAUCCGCACGCGGCUGACUGUGAACCUGGAGGGGCUGGUGCGCGGCGCACGGCGGCUGGGGCUGCAGCUGCCCGACACGCUGUUCGCGUACAACGCACAGGAUGAGCCGGUGUGUCGGCUGCUGGAGGGCGCCUGCAGUGACGCGCCGUUGUUCAGCCACAUCAAAAGAUACGACUGGGAGCAGGGCAGGUCAAUAGACAGCGAUGUGCUUAUUCCGCACAUGCUCCACGUCUUCAACCACACCAUCCACUUCCCCUGGGCUGCCAAGGACCCGCGUGCCGUGCUGCGCGCUCGGAUGCAGAGCUCCAUGGACCAUCGCAGCUGCAUGCGUGUGGUGCUGGCCCAGCUGUCAGCCUCGCCCGCCGGCGCCCGGCUGCUGGAUGCGGGGUUCGUGGAGAACCGGCACCGCACCUACCGCCCGACCGCCGAGCAGAUGAAGAGCUACCUCACCAUUGCCGAGCACGCGCGCUACCGGCUGCUGCUCAAUGCCGACGGCCACACCGCCUCCUCGCGAUUGGGCUACCUCAUGACGAUCAACAGCCCCGUGCUGACCGAGCAGAGCCCCUGGAUCGAGUACUACUACCGCAGCCUCAAAAGCCUGGAUCCGGAUCCGGGUUCUGGGCGCCCCCACCGGGUGGUGUCGUACUACAACAAGAGCAACAUCCUGGAUCUCGUACGGCAAUACCAGGACUCUGCCCAAGACGCCGUCCUACGUGCCCAGGCAGAUGCGGCGCAACGCUUUGCCGCGAAGUACAUCACACCCGACCAGAAGGUGCGGUACUGGGUGGCUGCGGUGCAGGCCUACGCUGCGCUGAUGCCGCCGGGGCUGAAGCGGCUGGUCGCGGACCUGCAAGGGCUGUCGCCGGUGGGCAAAAGCAGCAGCGGCGAGCUGCGGCUGGGCAACGCCAGCGCCACCGCCAUUCUGGACGCCCUAAAAGCCGCCAGCCGCGGCAGCGGCAGUAGCAGUAGCAGUGACAGCGGAAAUGGCAGCGGCAGUAGCAAGGAGGGCGGCAUUCUCGGCAAGGAGAGUGACGUGCGUAGGUUAAGCAGCACGGGCGUCAAAGGCGGCAAGCAAAAGAGCAAGAGCCGCAAGGCCAAGGCCAAGGGCAAGGGCGCAAGGUCUUCGGCGCGCAGCACUCGCCGCCUAAUGGGUGUGGGGGUAGUUGUGGAUGCCCUUGCACGCUGGUGGGCCGGCGGCAGCCAGCAGUGAAUUCGCUUGCUGUAUGCAGUCACGGGCGUGGGCGACGUGGUAGAGGGUUAGAUGCAUUGAUGGUCGUGUCUGGGUUGCAAUGUUGCAUGUCACGAAGUCUGGUAAUGUACGCACUUCUCUGCAUCAGCCGUGCUGGUCCGGCAACGGCUGUUUGCAAGCAAGUAUUCAUGGAGAGUCAAGGAGGUCAAACUUUGUACUGCAAUGUAGCAAUCAAAGGAAUGAGCACUGAGCACUGCAUGAGGACGGACGCCGCUUGGCGUGAGGCUGGGGCUCUCAGUGCAUAGAAAGAGAUGUUCAAGCCACGCGCGUGAUGCGUGUACAUGUGCGUGUGCCCAUGUGCGUGUGUUUCUUUGUUGCAAUGACGGGCCGUGCUCGGCGGAGACUUCAGGGGCAAGUGAGGCAAUUUAUGUGAACUGGUUGUGUGUACGCCAGCGUACGCUUUCUGCGAGCUGUCGCUGUGACUCUGACGCGAUUUGAGAUCGUUGCACGCGAUGCGCAGUGGGAAUGUUGGGGCCAUCUGGGGCCCAUGGCGAGCGUGGCGACGGCGUGCCUGUGCAGAGCGCAUGUGCGGCAGUCGGCAGGUGGUGACACGGUGUUGAGAAGUGCACCGUGAGUCCGUUGCCCUCCAUCCCUCCCUGCCUGCAUCCAUGUCUACGUAAUGCGGUGUACGUCCUUACCCUGUGAGACACGAUAGCGAUGAAUCGCGUGGAGGCGUGAGGCGCAAUGGCACAGGAUUGCAAGAGUUGCAAUAUGUGUGCGGCAGUGUGAACAUCCCGUUGUCUGUUCUGGAGAGCACAAGUGGGUAUUAUUGAUGUUAUAUGUCGUAUCCUCA